AUUGUUUGUUUCGGGCACAUGUUAAACGACGUUUCCCGAUAAAAAAGACAUGCUUUCAGCCACUUUCAAGUUUUGAGUUAUCGCCAUUAAUUCUCGUUUCGGGUAAAGUUCGCUACGCACUUGUUGUCUCAGCCCCGUUCUUGCCGAUUUUGUCAUCAUGAGGUGUGCUCUCAGUAAAACUGUGGUUUUCCAGCAACUGCCACGUGCUUAAUCGUGCUUGAUCUUAUCAAUUCGCUUAGAUUUUUGAUCGGCUAUGUCGGAACUUAUGAUUGAUUGUUGAGCACAACUCGUAAGAAUGUAUCGUCAAACCUAACAGCCGUUGGAUUUCAAGUCGGCGAGUAUUGUCUUCCCGGACAGUAACUGAAGUGAUGACGUCUUCGUGGAUGACGUCAGUGGUUGAAGAGGUGCUUCUCAUCCUGCUCUGUUAUGUUAGUUUCACAUUUUCCGUUACCACGGAGCUCAAAUAUCGUCAUCCUAGCUCUCCACCUCACAUGACGCAAGCCCUAGGGAACAACAAAUAUCCAGAGCUCAACUCUAGGCUGUUUCAAGGAGAUAUAUUGGUACCUCCCAUCGAUGAGGGAAGGAACGCCAUCCGCCAAGAUACCUAUUUGUGGCCGAACGGAAUCGUGCCCUACACUUUUGACAGCAGUUACACGCAGGAGGAAGCUACUCGCGUCGAGUCAGCAAUGCGGAGGAUAGAGUCGAAAACGUGCGUCCAUUUCGUGCCGUAUAACGGGCAGCAGAGGGAUUACAUUAAAAUCAACAAAGAACCCGGUAAGGGCUGUUUCGCCAUGAUCGGAUACCGACGAAACUACCAGGGGCCGCAUCCGGUCAACUACCAGAGUCCCGCCUGUUUGGAGUACAGGGGCACAGUGGAGCAUGAACUUCUCCACGUCCUCGGGCUUCUGCACGAACAGGCGCGGCCUGACCGUGAUAAUCACGUCGAUAUCCUUUGGAAUAACAUCGACCAAGCUUAUUGGUCAGACUUCAACAAGGCAUCUCCAUACGAAGUAACGACUUUCAAUAUUCCCUACAACCAUAAAAGUGUCAUGCAUUACCCACGUUUUGCUUUCUCAAAAAACGGACAGGAUACGAUCGUUCACAAGACAAAACCAAAAAUGGAGCUGGGUCAGCGGAACGGUGCUACAAAUGGAGACCUAGAAAAAAUCAGGCGUAUGUACCGAUGCAACAAGGUGACGAACAAAAACGGAGACGAUCUCGACUCAUUCAAUGAAAUUGACCUGGACGAUGAUAGAAGUGGUGACUGAGACCAAAAUCUAUAGAAAUGGAGAAUUUGCGAGCAACUUUUUUUUGCUUCUUUUGAGAUUGCUUGAAAAGCUGACUACAGGGUUUUUUUAAAAAAAGUUCUGAUGUGGGAAAUAGUAUAAAAAUAGAUUUGAAAGUGAGAAUUUACUCCUAGUGACGUCAUCUGGUGGCAUUUCCUAUUUAAUCACGUGUAUUUUAGCAGAUUAGAUAAUUUUGUCAUGUCUUCUCCUAUCAUUGUUUAGUUUAUGAACUAAGGGUAUCCUUGUGUUCAUUUCACUCAGUAGUUCCCACUCAAACAUGAAAGUCGUCAAAAUUCAGACACCUGCAAAUUCUCCAUUUGUGAUGGUUCACUUGUCUGGCCUUCAUGUAUAAAAGUAUUUGUUCAUAAGAUGGAAAAAUACUCGAUCAUUAUUGAAUCUUUUUUCAAAUUAACAAUUUAAAAAAUUGCAAUUAUUCCAUAGGAAUAUAUAUUGGUGGAGAAACUAUAAACUCAGGAGCGCGCGAGAUAACUAUACGCUCGUGUCGCGUAUAAAACAUGCGCAUCUUGCUCUUUUUCGUGCAUUCAACUUGUUUCUGCUUAGCUUCUGUCUAUAAAUUCAGUCUCUCAAAUUUCUAAAUUUUUCAUACUUACUAUGAGUUAUUUCAUUCUCUCACUAUGAGUAGAAUUUUCUCUGUCAAAGCAUGUUGAAAGCGAGGCGUGGUGGGACUGGUAUGAGGAUUGCGCCGAGUCGCCAGUUCUGAUAGUUGACUCACUUAGUGCCUAUCGCUUCAAUUGAAGGCGUUUUUCCCGGCGAUAACAAUUAAAAAUUUGCAUACUCAGUUUUGCCUUUUUUUUUGUGGGGA